AAAACAGAAAAAGAGAGGUUUUUACGCGGGUUUCUUGCGUUUGAAAAUGGUUGAGGGUUGUGUUGUGUAUGAACGGACAUAACAGGUUGAUCACAAUCUUUACGUGAGAGUCUCGGAUAAAUGUGAUCCUUUUUGAAGGCAUUUGAACAAUAUUUACGCGGUUAGAGCACUCUUAGCGUCGCCAAUGGACCCUUUGGAUUUUGUCACUGAGGAACAAUUGAAAGAAUGUCUCCACCUCAAUAAAACCAAAAUGUCGCUCAUGGAGCCGCCGCAUAUCUUUUUAAACCAACUCCGCGAUCACAAUUUGCUACCGGAGAAUAUGUAUAAGAAAGUGAUCAAGAUGAAGAGUGCACAUCUGAAACAGAAGAGGGUGUACGAGCUGCUGGACUGGCUGGAGAGGAGGAGACCACAGCACAUCAAGCUGUUCUGGAAGUGUGUGUUCAAGGAUCAUCUCCUUCUGCAGUAUCCCACUCUGCGGCAGCUGCGCAGCAGCCUGAUGGACGGGUCCUUUACAGAACAACUGCCUGAGAAAGUAGAGGAAGCAGAAAAGGAGCAGGAAAAAACAACAAUGUCAGCUCCAGAACAAGAGAAGAAGACAGUGACAUCUCCAGAACAAGAGAAGAAGACAGUGACAUCUCCAGAACAAGAGAAGAAGCGAAGAAGGGAGGAAACGAUGGAGAAGAAAGAUAAGACAAGAGGUGUGAGUCUGGAUGAGGAGCAGGCUGGGCCAUCGUCCCUGCACAGCCCACACAAGAGGAAGAAAGUCCAGAAGCCAAGCUCUGAGCUCCCCUCAAAGAGCCAGGACAGAACCAUCUGGACCAAGCCUCUCUACAAGACCCAGCUGCCUGUUACCUGUGGGGCCCAGGAGGGGCUACUCAUCAGGGACAAGCUGGCCAGGGGGGAGAAGUGUAUUGUGGUCCAGGAUAGGUGGUUCACCCCCUCUGGCUUUGAGGAGUUAGCAGGAAAGAAGAGCUGGAGGAACUGGAAACAGUCUAUACGAUGUCAGGAUAUCUCUCUGGGCAAACUGAUAAAGCAAGGUCAGCUGACAUCUCCAGGAUUUACCAGAAACAAGAACCACAAUCCAAAGGUGUGAGAUAUAUGCAACAUAUGCAACUGAAUCUACCUAUAGCCUUAUUAACUAAUAAGCUGUAGAAGGGACAUAUGCUAUGCACAUCAAUAUGCUUCACUGUAUUAAAUUGACACUUAUAUACUCAAAUAUGUAAGUAUUAAGUUACACUAAUGGGGAAAAGAACAAGGAAGUUUGUUGUUUAAAGUUUAUUAGGAAGAACCAAACUUAGAGAACCCUUCAUCGAAAGCUGGAUUUACUUCAAUACUGACCUCAGUGAAACGUUUCUGUAAUAACAUAGGAAUAACUGUUUAACGUAACUAAUGACAAUCCUUCUUAUUAUCAACUACCAGGUUCCUAAGAAAUCCAUUCAGAG